GACAUUGGGAAGUGGGGGUGGUGGGGGUGAUGAUGUUGGAAGAGGUGGCGUGGCACGUGUGGCACCAAGCGUGGAGUUGACGGCGUUCGCGCUGUCGUCUGUCCUGAAUGAUCUAAGGGUGAAGUAUGCUGUGCUGGUGGUGUGUGAGGAAGAACCCUGGAUUGCCCUGGCGACAGAGUUGGAGACGAGACUGAGACCGUCCGGGAUUGUGGUGCACAGGGUCAUCUCGUUAGCUCCGGCGGCGUCCCCCACGGAGGUGGAUGAGGCAUUGAGAGUGAUUCGAGCUCCAGUCAAGGCAAUCCUGCUCUCCAUGGAGAUCUGGGGAAGCCUACUGGGAACCACAUUAACGGCACUGCAUCGUCAAGGAAGAGAUGACGGAACAUUUGCUCUCUUUCUCGUGUCGUCCCCCACCGUGUUACAUCCGGGACUCGCACCGAGGUUGCCAGCAACGGCGAAAGUGCUGCGCGCUCUGUUUGUGCUCACCUUCGUUCCCGUGGACAGUUCGUACGCGCAGCUCUGGAGGAACAGGACUGUGCAGCAGAUCUACCGCAAGGUAGUUGCUCAAACCACUGCGACGGAAGUGUAUUCAGCAUUCCGUUACUUCAACGCCCUGUCACUGAUCAUCACCGCGGCCUGGCGAUCGUUGCAAGCAACUCAACGUAGUGAGGUAUCUGUGCUCAAUGCUUCAUUCACGAUGCUGCCUGCGGGAGGCCAUACGGACCCUCGCGGAAAUAUCCGCAUGAAAGCUGUGCUUCUGGAUUAUAGUCCCGCUAAACAAGUGUUCGUUGCCGUGCGGGAACUUGAAAUUCGAGAUGUGCCUUCAAGUACUGUCAACGGAAGGGGAACCUACGUUGUGUCCGACCGGGCGGCUCAGGCGUGGAUAACGGACGUGGACUGGCCGUCGGGUCGCCCCCUCGAGCCGGACCCGGAAUGUGUGCUGAGAGAGGUCGUUUGCGGCGGGACCUGGUCGAACUUUCCCCUGACGAGUGCUGAAGCGGUCGGGAUCACGGCCUCGCUAAUUAUAUGCAUCUCCGCGGGACUCGGCGUGGCGGGACUGGUGAGAAGGAAACUCGCAGUGAAACAAAUGAGAAGAAAAAUUCUGCUGGCGCACGACGACAUUCAAGUGUCAGCUGCUGUCAAGAGAGGCGCAUUCGAGGGCUACUACUUCGAGCGGCCCGACAUUUUCAAAGGUUCCCACGACUCCUUGAGGCAAACGUUCGGGAACAGCAGCCUUACAAGCAUCCAUGCCAGCGUGGAUGAGCGACCAAAUGCUGCCAGGCUCAAAGUCAAGGGUGAUGUGGUCUACUUGAAGUACUUGAUUGUACACAGCACUUUCGAAAUAAAGACCAAGUCCAUGAAGCAGCUACAGAUAAUGUACGAGAUUCGGCAGGAAAACGUGAACCCGUUUUUAGGCUGCCUUGCAGACCCGGUACAACCGGCGCUAGUCUGGGAGAUGUGCACCCGUGGCUCUCUUAUGGACGUUCUCGCCACGGAGGAUAUAAGACUGGACUGGACCUUCCGCCUUUCGCUACUUAAUGACCUUGUCAAGGGCAUGCGGUACCUGCAUAACUCUCCAAUCAGACAACACGGCCAUUUGACGUCGCGCAACUGCGUCAUCGACUCCCGCUGGGUGUUGAAGAUAACAGAUUAUGGCAUACCUGCCUUCCAAGAUCUACAAGCCAUAGCCACACUUGUACGUUCUGCCAAAGAUCUUCUGUGGACGGCUCCGGAACUUCUGCGUGACUGUGGCCUACUUCGGCGUGGCACACAAGCGGGCGACGUAUACAGCUUCGCCAUCAUCAUGCAAGAAGUUUUACUACGCGGCGACCCUUACUGCAUGAUACUUCUCACGCCCGAAGAGAUAAUUGAAAAGCUGAAGCAUCCGCCUCCGUUGAUCAGGCCUUCGGUGUCCAAGCAAACGGCGCCUCCAGAAGCUCUGCAUAUCAUGCGCCAAUGCUGGGCAGAGUACCCGGACAUGCGCCCUGACUUCGACCAGGUUGCUGAACGAUUCAAAGCACUCUACCACGGAAGAAAGUCAAAUAUCGUGGAGACGAUGUUCCAGAUGCUCGAGAAAUACUCAAACAACUUGGAGGACCUCAUACGUGAACGCACGGUUCAGUUGGACGAAGAAAAGAAGAAAACUGAACAGCUUUUGAACCGAAUGCUCCCGAGUUCAGUUGCAGAGACGUUAAAAGCGGGGCUACCUGUUGUCCCAGAGAAAUUUGAAGAAGUGACAGUGUACUUCAGUGACAUCGUGGGCUUCACGACAAUAUCGGCGUACAGCGAGCCCAUGGAGAUCGUUGACCUUCUCAACGACCUGUACACUGCCUUCGACUCGACCAUUAACCACUACAACGUAUACAAGGUGGAAACCAUCGGAGACGCCUAUAUGGUAGUUGGAGGCCUUCCAGAACGCACCAGAGACCACGCUGAGCAGGUUGCCACUAUGGCACUAGACCUGCUUCAUGUGUGCGGUAACUUCAAGAUACGCCACAUGCCCACCGUGCCUCUCAUGCUGCGCAUUGGGAUGCAUACAGGGCCUGUUGUGGCAGGCGUCGUAGGCCUAACCAUGCCACGGUACUGUCUGUUCGGCGACACCGUCAACACAGCAUCUAGAAUGGAAUCUACCGGACGUGCCUACAGAAUCCACAUGAGCAAAGCGACAGAAAGGAAGUUACGUCACGUGGGCGGAUAUGACGUCCAGUACAGAGGAGAAAUCGUACUCAAGGGUCGAGGCCGGCAGCCGACGUAUUGGUUGAUCGGAAAGCAAGGCUUUGAGAAGUCCUUGCCAAUACCUCCCACCGAGGAAAACGGGAACAACCACGGGUUUAAAGACGAAGAAAUCUUCAAAGCCCUCGGCCGCAAAAAAUCGGACGAUAUCCUAGACGCUCCCCACUCUCCACUGUCACCUUAUUCGAAGUGGCACGGGAUGCCAGACGCACGGUGCGGUCCAGACGUCAACCGAACUCCCACCGGAGUCCGGGGCCUCAUCUGUCGCGCUUCCAUCGCCUCUUCACAGAUCGACGCGUGCUUUCUUCCUGAUAACGAACUUGCAACCCCUACGGAUCCGAACCAGAGUCCUCUUAAUCCGUCUCGUUCCUGGAACGGCAGUCCAACGGGGCCGUCGUCGCGGAGGGGGAGGUUACGGUCGACCGACAGUUCCGGUACAAACGGCGUGCUGAAGAAGAACAACAGAAUCGCGGACAGGGCAUCUCCACGUACGAUUCGACUGUCGUGGUCUGAGGUCAACAAGGAGGACCAUAGCAACGGGUUGCACGUCGAGGAUGCGUUCUUGAGGUCGUGGCCAUCAACCAGGUCUCCGUCUCCGUCGUUUCGUCGGACUAGGUCGCUUCGUUUGGUGACGACGCAUGGUGAUGGUGAAAAAGCGAAGGGUGUCGGGAGUAGGCGUGGAGAUUAACGCAAGUGUAGUGAAUGGAGUCAGAGGUGUCAGUCGCGAAACUUAGUUUUGAAGUGGACAAGUUUCGCUGUCGCAGUGCGUUGCUCUUCAAUGUCAGUAACUGUGAUUCUUGUCAAAGUAUUUUCAUAACAACAAGACAACCGAACGCUUCAGGUGUAUACUAGGCAAUUUACUGUUCGUGCAGCAUGUACACCCGCACACGCUGCUGAACGGACCUUUAGAUUUAAGGACUUGUUAAAGAGUUAGGUGUUGUACAUAAUAAUUUGUAAGUGCUGUUGGGACCCAGUGAGGAAAAACUCUGAUGUUGCAGUGUUUUAUGAAGGUUUACGUGUAUCUGUGGAAGUUGUCUGUCCUUAUACCACGAUACUUUUUUUUUAAAUUGAUGGUCAUCUCGUCGAGCCUAUUAUAGUUUUAGGUAUUAUUACAGUAUUUACCUGUUUUUAGGUUCGUCGUUUUAGGUUAUUCCAUAACAUGUUCCAGUUAAGGAUUUUUCGUACCGUAACGAACGAAAGAGGCAGGUUUAUUUUUAGUGCGCGUCGAUGAUGGCGAGAGCACGUAUAGCUGCCUUUCCCCAUAGAUUACAGAAUGUGAUGAGAUACAUGAAGAUAUACAUACCAGUACAUUCUCGACUGUUAGUAGAAAGAGUACUAACCCAACUGAGCGUUCGUUGUCGCGUCGCUAAAGGAGUGAUUCCCUCCCUUGCUUCAAGGACGUCGCGUAUAUCAAUCUGUCCAGUUGCGCUAUCAAAGUGCACGCAAGUAAUUUCGGUGUUUCGUGUUCGUGCAAUUGUACUGUCAAUACGUUCUGAAAUGCAGCCACCUAUAUCUGUGUGUUAACUGUGUAUUUACUCACGUCAAAUUUCUGCCUUUCGGGAAAAUGUACAUAGCAAAUGCCGUAUGCAAGUGGGGCCGUAUCAGCAUAUAGUAACGAUGACGUAUGCGAUACCAGUGUGGAUUUAUAUGCAAGAUAAGACUAUCAUGGCAACAUCUUGAUAGCGUGGGUAUUUUUGCACUCGCUUGAUAAGAAGUCCAUAACGUUUAACCCCGGUUACAUUUGCCCUGUCGUGUUCAAAGCCUCUCUAUAGUCUUGUCGUCAGCUUUGUGGACGUUGCUUGUUAGCUCUGUGGCUGUUGGAUGUAUUUCAGUGCUAUUAUUUUGAUACUCUAUAUUUAUUUUUAUUCGCAGGCAAUGUAAAUAUACUUACGGAAUAGGUGGGUUCCUAUGUAAAGGUCAUGAUCAUGCGAAGGUGUCAUUGAGACAGAUCGCUUCAUUUUGUGAAAUACUUAUUGUGAAAAAGUGCAUUUGGAAUGAGUAAUAGCUCACGUGUUAAGAUCUCUGCACUCUUGACGUGUCGUCCGCUAAAGUGGCAGCCUGGCCUAACUGAACACUUCGAUCGCGUUUCGAUUUUCGAUUUCCAGUUCGAUUGAAACUCCAAUGUACUGACUUACAAAGUUUUCUCACACGAGUCUUCGUAUUUGUUGAGAAACUCGAUAAACAUAUUCCGGUUCUGCUCAUUCGUUGUCCACACACUGCUCUCGCAUCUUUUUCGUCCAAUUUCUUCAUGUGUACCUCACAUGUGUCGCGUCAUUUUUGCGUUCCCAGUAUAAUGUGCUGUAGUCGCGGACAAACAACAAUAUGGACAAAAACUUAUCGGGGUAAAGCAUUCCAAAAUGUUCGGCGGUAAUGUUCGUCAGCGUUUUCUUUCUUCCUUGUUUACAAGACUGUGACCAGCUUGUUUCCAAGACCCCCUCCGUGGACCCUUCCCUUCAUGUGGAGGGCACCCUAACAUUUCCCGCCCUCCGCUUUUUGCUUAAAAGGGCACUAAAGUCCAAAAACUUCUCCUUUCGGCAUGAGAGAUGCCGUUACCUUUACGCCAACACAAAGGGAAAAGAAUCUAUUCGUUGCGUCGUUCGCGAUUUAUGGGCGAAAGAAACAAAUUAACGUCUUCUCUCUUCCUCUCUCUUUCAAGAAU